UCAGCUGAUUGGUUUACAAUUGUUGUGAACUUCGUUAACUUAAAAGUUUUUCACGAUAACGAGUGCUUAUCAAAUAUAAUAACAAUAGUUUAUUGAUAGCCGUCCAUGUCGUCACGUCAGACCAUAAUCUUGUUGGAUAUUUCAUAAACUUAUAAACACCUAAAGUACUUAUAUUUGCCAUACAAUGUCCACUACAAAGUCUAGGGAAUUCAAUUUUGCUGAAGUGAAUUCUAUCUUGAUUGAUGUAUAUCUUAACAAGAACAGUAUAGAAGCACAAGUACAUCGAAUACUUGAACAGAAUUUGGUGUUCGAAAAGAAGAAUUACCAGCAGUGGCUACUCAAAGCUGUCUCAGUCUUAGAUUUGACAACUCUAUCUGGUGAUGAUACAAGGUCAAAUGUAAGAAGACUGUGUGUAAAGGCUGACAGACCGUUGCCAGAACUUAAUAUUAAUAUCAAAACAGCUGCAGUAUGUGUAUAUCCAAGUAGAGUUAGUGACGCUAGUGAUACCAUUAAUAGAAUGCAAAAUCAAGAUGUAAAAAUUGCAUCAGUUGCAACAGGAUUCCCCUCAGGCUUAUAUGACAUAGAAACAAGAACACAAGAAAUUAAAUAUGCUGUGUCAUGUGGUGCGCAUGAAAUUGAUGUGGUAAUAGACCGAAGCCUGGUGCUAACAGGCCAAUGGUUGAAGCUAUUUAAUGAGCUGAAAGAAAUGAAAGAAGCAUGUAAAGAUGCUCAUAUGAAAGUUAUACUUGGUGUAGGAGAACUGGGGUCUUAUGAAAAUGUCUACAGAGCAUCUAUUGUAUCAAUAUUAGCGGGUGCUGACUUUAUUAAGACAUCCACGGGCAAAGAGACAGUGAAUGCUACUCUCCCUGUUGGCCUUGUAAUGUGCCGUGCUAUAAAGAGAUGUUACCAGGAUUAUAAUAUUAAGGUUGGUUUAAAGCCUGCGGGUGGUAUUAAAACAGCCCGCGAUGCCGUCAAUUGGUUAAUUUUAGUGCAAUCCGAGUUAGGGCCUGAGUGGGUAACGCCGGAGUAUUUUAGGAUUGGUGCCUCCAGCCUAUUGGAUGUGAUUAAAAAGGAAUUAAAAUUGUUAUCUGCAAGCUGUUAAAUCUAAGUUUAAAUUAAUGAAGUCCAUCUAUCAUCUGUCAAAUCUGUCAAGUCCGGCCCGUCAACUUUAUUCUAAACUUGGCAUGUGUUUCUGUGACAUGAUGUGAUUCCUCAGACUAGAACAAUUACUCUAACUUUUCAUACAUAUUGGCUUGUUUUUUAACUAUAAUUGGAUGCAGAAGAUGCUGACAUGUUUCUAACUAAGCAUUAAUGGCGCAAUUUCCUAAGAAA